AUGUCAAAGGACGAGAGACUAGCUGAAGGUUAUUCUACACAAAGACCUCCACUCUUCAAUGGGAAGUACUACGCCUAUUGGAAGACGAGGAUGGAGAUGUUCAUACAGUCCGAGAAUUAUCAAGUCUGGCGAGCUAUCGAGGUAGGAGAUUACGAGGUAACAAAGACCAAUGCAGAAAACGAGGUAAUUCCUAAACCUAUUUCUGAAUACGAUAGAAGCGACUUUGAGAAGAAAGAGAUUAAUGCUACUGCUAAAAAACUCCUAGUUUGGGGUUUAGGGCCAGAUGAACACACUCGUGUUAUGGGAUGUAAAACAGUAAAAGAAAUAUGGGAUUUACUAGAAAUAACCCACGAAGGAACUCAUGAAGUUAAACGUUCUAAAAUUGAUUUACUGCUUUCUAAAUAUGAACGUUUUGAAAUGGGUUCAAAAGAAACUAUUCAAGAAAUGUUUACUCGUUUUAAAAAUAUUACUAAUGAAUUAGUUUCUCUUGGUAGAGUUAUUCCUAUGGAUGAACAGGUACGCAAAAUUCUAAGGAGUCUUCCUGAAGAUGAACGGUGGAGAUCCAAAGUGGCAGCUUUGCAGGAAUCAAAGGACUUUACAACUUUCAACCUUGAACAACUUGCAGAUUCCUUAAUAACUCAUGAGCUUCACCUAUCAAACAAAAGCCAAGAAAGUUCAAAGAGCCGAGGAAUUGCUCUAAAGGUUGUCCAACCAAGUGAAGAGGAUUCCGAAUCUGGAGAGGAAGAAGCUGCCAUGCUAGUCAGGAAGCUAAAAAAGUUGUACCGCAACAAAAGGUUUGGUGACAAAAAGAAAAGGAACUUCAAGAAAAACCAAUAUUCCAAGGAAACUGGAGGAUGCCACAAAUGUGGGAACACAAAUCACUUCAUCAAGGAAUGCCCUCUCUGGGAAUCAGAAAAAGGAAAAGGCAAAAUGAAGGAACACGGAAAAUCUAAUACUCCAAACUUUUCAAAAUCUGAUUACAGGAAAGCCAUGAUAGCUGCGUGGGGAGACACAAGUUCCGAGGAUGAAGAAGAAUCCACGGAAGAAGAGACGGCAAACCUAUGUUUGAUAGCUAAACACAGUGAGUCUGCUAAAAAGUCAGAGGAGGUAAAUCUCAAACCUAAAUUUCUGAAAUCCCUGUCACAAGACAAAUUAAUUUCUUUGCUCAUAGAAACUUUGAAUGAAUAUAAAGAAAUAUGUCUUAAACUUGGACAAAAUGAAAAAGCUCUAGAAAUCUAUAAGGAUCAUAUGAAAUAUUUGAAUAGUUCAAGAACAGAUGUUCAGGGAAGAUGCUUUGAUUUGCUAGAUAGAAACUCUAUGCUAAAGGAAACAUUGGAAAGAGUCAAAAAUGAAAAUAUCAUGUUAAAUGUUGAAUUGAAUCGGUAUAAAUUGUUAUGCACUAACAUUGAUUCUAAUAAUGCUCUUCAAUUGCCUUUAGUAACCUUUAAUGAUGAUCUUGAAAAUUUGAAAAAAGAAUUGCAGGUUACUAAAGACAAAAAUGAAUCCCUUGAAAAGGAUUUAGAAAGAUCUAGAAACAACAAAAGUGCAAUCCACAUGGGAGUUCCAAAGUGGAUAUCUGAAGCUCAAACCAGAAGGACAGAGGGUUUGGGUUUCAACCACAAAAAGAAGAACAGUGGUAAAAAGAAAAAGUACGUGGAACUCCCUAGUGAGACUGUGUGUUCCUUCUGUGGCAAGUCAGGACACAAAGAUACUGAUUGCAAAAGAAAGGAACUUAAGUCCACUAAAAAUAUAGCUUAUGUAUGGCAAAAGAAAAAUGAGUUUGCUGUAUCAACAAAGGAACCCAUGAAAGAUAGGGUUCCUGAAUCUAACCCUUAG